GACUUUUUUUGUUUUUUUAAAUAAUCAACAAAAUUGUCUUAAAUUUUUAUCGCCCGUUUUAUAGUCAACGCUCUGAAAAAAAGAUAAAUUUUAUCGAGAAAAUUAUUUUUUCACAAGAUAACAUUUUAAGAAAUCUAUUAUAAUUUUUUCUACCACCGGUAUACGUAAGGUCACAAGAUCAUCGCAUUUGAGAAUUAUCUACCAUGUGUCAGAAUAAUCUACGCUACAUUUUUCUUGCUUUUAACGAGAGUUAGUGUCAAGAAAUGUUUGCUGGAACUAACUACUGUUUGAAUUUACUCCGACAUUACCCACGUGUUUGUAAGCAUGUGACUGUAAGAAAUUAUGCGAAGGUUGGAAUCAUUGGGGUGCCUUUUGAAAAGGGCCAGAAAAAGGAAGGCGUCGCACAGGGACCAGACGCAAUCAGAAAAGCUGGACUUAUACCAGAGCUAAUAAAUCUCGGCCUAGACGUCAAAGACUUUGGGAAUAUAAAAUAUGAAGCAAAAUCAGUACAAGGUAUUGAUAAUAUGACUCAUCUGAGUGAAGUGGCGGGUUGUACGUACAAAGUAUCCGAGACAGUGGCGGCUGUGAUGAAAGAAGGAAGGACUGUCGUGACAAUCGGAGGAGAUCACAGCGUGGGUGUGGGAACCAUCGACGGACACGUGAGCACCAAGGGUAGCAACAUCGCCGUGCUUUGGGUGGACGCCCAUGCUGACUUGAAUACCAACAAGACCAGCGACAGUGGUAAUGUUCAUGGAAUGCCCGUAGCACUUUUGACAUCCGAGUUGUCCGACUACUGGCCCCAUUUGCCUGGCAUGGACUGGCAGAAACCGAUGCUGUCCAUCAGGAAUGUAGCGUACAUUGGAUUGCGAUCUGUUGAUAAAUAUGAGAGAUUAGUAAUUGAAAAAUUUGGUAUCACUGCAUUUGGAAUGGAAGAUGUUGAGAGACACGGCAUCCACCAGGUUGUUCACAUGGCGUUAGAGCGAAUAGAUCCCCACAGUGAAAAAUCAAUUCAUGUUAGUUUUGAUAUCGAUGCGCUGGAUCCUCUGGAAGCUCCUAGCACCGGAACUCUGGCACGAGGAGGACUGACAUUGAGAGAAGGAAUUCACUUAAUGGAACAGGUUCAUAGGACCAGAAGAUUGAAUGCCAUCGAUCUAGUUGAAGUGAAUCCCCAAAUAGGCGACACCAGAUCCGUGGAACUGACAACUGAAGCCGCGAUCUACAUUCUGCAAGCCGCUCUCGGAUACAAUCGCCGCGGAAUAAAAGUACCUGCAGGAAUAACAGACAUGCCGCUUCAAACAUUCAACUAA